GUUUUCCAGUGCUAUUUUGACCACUCUGUGACUCACUGCUCUUAUCCUUAUCCACUAUCGCUGCCAUAUUCUUCAAUUGCUGUGCUAUAUAAGAAGACAUUCCCUCUGCCGAUUUUUCUGUGCUUCUGUCGCUUAAUUCCUCGUUCCUAGCCUUACUGACAACUUAUUGCUAAGCGUGUUAUUCCCUCAAUCCUCCCCUCAAAUAACUGACAAUGGCUGAAUUAGAUGCUUCCAAAUUGAAGGUUACUUUAUCUGAAAAGAAAUCCAAACUUUUGGACAAUGACAAAUUGGUCUUUGGUCGAUCCUUUACUGAUCAUAUGUUGUCCAUCGAGUGGACCGAAGCUGAAGGCUGGGCUGCACCAGAGAUCAAACCUUACGGCCCAUUGGUCUUGGAUCCUUCAUGCUGUGUUUUUCACUACGCCUUUGAAUUGUUUGAAGGUAUGAAGGCCUACAAGGACGCCAAGGGCAACAUCAGAAUCUUCAGACCUGAUAUGAACAUGAUCAGAAUGAACAAAUCCGCCGAAAGAAUCUGUUUACCCAAAUUUGACGGUGCUGUUUUAACUGACUUGAUUGGCAAAUUGAUCAAAAUCGAUGAAAGAUUUAUUCCCGAAGGUCAAGGCUUCUCCUUGUACAUCAGACCAACUUUAAUUGGCACCACUGCCGGUGUUGGUGUUCAUCACCCUGAUAGGGCCUUAUUGUAUGUUAUCUUAUCGCCUGUUGGUCCUUACUAUGCCACAGGUUUCAAAGCCGUUUCCUUAGAAGCCACUGAUUAUGCUACCAGAGCUUGGCCUGGUGGUGUUGGUGACAAAAAAUUAGGUGCAAAUUACGCUCCAUGCAUAUUGCCUCAAUUAGAAGCUGAAAAAAGGGGCUACCAACAAAAUCUAUGGUUGUUUGGUCCAAACAAUAAUGUGACCGAAGUUGGCUCGAUGAACGUUUUCUUUGUUUUUAAAAACCCCCAAAACAACAAAAAUGAAUUGGUCACUGCUCCCUUAGAUGGCACUAUUCUUGAAGGUGUAACAAGAGACUCUAUCUUGAAAUUGGCUAGAGAAAGAUUAAACCCCGACGAAUGGGAAGUCAAUGAAAGAUACUACUCCAUCAAUGAAGUGGCCGAAAAAGCUGAAAAGGGCCAAUUGGUUGAAGCCUUUGGUUCAGGAACUGCAGCUGUUGUCUCUCCAAUUAAGAAAAUCGGCUGGAAAGGCUCUGAUAUCGACGUUCCCUUGUUAGAAGACAAGGAAUACGGCCAAUUGACCAAAACUGUUCAACAAUGGAUCAUGGAUAUUCAAUACGGUAUAGAUGAACAUCCAUGGUCUCAUGUUAUUGCCUAACCAAGAUAAUACCGAUAUAAUAUAACUGUAUCAAUAUAUACCAAGUUUAUAGAGAUAUGUAAAAAUAGCCAGACGAAAGUCAUAGUCACAACCAAAAACCUAUCAAUAUAUGCCAUGCAUGCUCACGCGCACAUGCCUUCAAUCGCAAACCCUAAUCAUGAUUUGCUCCAGCUGUAUGGGUCCAAUUUAGUCCCAAUAAAGACAUAACGAG